AUGAGGCUAAAGUUCCAGCAUUUAAUAGGGUCAGAUGAAAUGAGGUCUGUGAGGCCCCAUACUAAAGAGGGGAUUUACUCAGUUAAGUCUGGGUAUAACCUCCUAAGGAGCUGGAAGAAUGCUGAAACCCCCGGCUCUACUCACUCAGACCCGAACUACAAAGUGUGGAAAAGGCUUUGGACUCUUCCAACAAUACCUAGACAUAAAGUUUUACUGUGGAGAAUUAUCCAACAAGCUCUCCCAGUUCGAAGUGAACUUAGUAAACGUGGAAUUCAAUGCCUUAUUCAGUGUCCUCGAUGCCUUCAGAGGGCGGAGACAAUUAAUCAUACUUUUAUGCACUGUCAGCAGGUUUCUAGAGUUUGGUUUGGUUCCAAGCUAGGAAUUCGAUUUGAUGAAAGACAAGGGAAUUUCAUUGACUGGCUAAUUUACACUAUCAACAAUCUUAAUGACGAAGACCUUAGUUAUGUGGCCGCUAUUACCUAUGGUAUUUGGUAUACCCGCAACCAAAAAGUUUUUGAAGACAAAGACUAUGAAGAAAUCUGGGUCAUUAACAACGCUUCUACUAGUAUCAGAGAGUACCAACAAGCUAACAUGACAACUACACACGAACAACACAGUAAGACGCUAGAGUCUCGUCAUUCUAACAAUCAUAACAACAAUCAACAACCUGACAUACAUACUACCACGAUGAAUCGCUGGAACCGGCCUAACCCCGACGUUAUUAAAAUUAACUGCGAUGCUAACCUGGCCAGAACGGGGAGAUGGGGAUUAGGUGCGGUUUGUCGUGACUCCGAUGGCUACCUGGUGGCUGCUGUGACGUGGGAACUCCCAGGUUGUCUUGAUCCUUCCCUGGCUGAGGCGUGCGUACUCUACAAAGCAACUUGGCUAGCGAUUGAGUGCUGCUUUCAGGAGGUGGUCUUUGAGAGUGAUAAUAGCAAAAUAAUUUCUCUCAUGAAUAGUGCUCGUGAAAUCCCUAGAUCCUAUUUGGGGAAUUUCAUUAGGGGUAUUAAGUGUAAUAAAGAUUACUUUAGGGGUUGUAAUUUUGUGCAUAUUAAAAGGGAAGCCAAUAAGGCAGCCCAUCUGUUAGCCUCUCUAGCCCACUCAGAGCCCAAUAAGGUGUGGCUAGAAGAAUCCCCUUCUCCUAUUGUACAUAUUCUGACCUCUGAUUUGAUGCAAUAA